UUUGGGGGCGGGGUCAUUGAAAGCCCCACCCACACACCAAUCCACACCCCUUUCUGCUGCUUGAGAGCCCAGGACUCAUCCUGAGUGUCCCAGCAGUCACCAGACCCCAGCCCAGCUCACAGCACCACUGAAGGGUGCGAGGGUGCUGCUCUGAAUCCAGGAAGGGGACCCGCCUUGCCCACGCCUCGAAGGAAGACAUGGCCUGCAAGACCAGUGCUCGGCCCAGCGGCCUGGCCUGGGUCCUGACACCAGCCCUGGCAUGGAUACUCCUAGGGGCCUGUGGUGGGAGUCACCCGCCUCAGGCCAGAUCUCAGGGCUGCCACCGGCUGGCAACUGAAGCAGGCACCGGGGAGCUACACCUGCAAGGGGACUCUCCAGCCUCAUUCUCCCCACCGUACCUGAUGAUUCAAGCCCCUGGCUCACAGCCAGCCCUAUCUCUAGAGCCUUGCUGUCCCUCAGAGGUGGACAGGCCUGGCGCGCGGGACCCUGGAGCCACCGGGAAGCGUUGUGGGGCGCGGAGCCCUGGGUGCGAAUCCUUCCUGCGACGUCUGCAGCGCGCCCUCCAUCGCCGCUUCCGCCGUCAGCUGCUGGGGCUGCACCAGGCCCCGCCGCUCUGCGUUGAGCUCUGCGAGGCCUGGCUGACCACCUGCAAGGCUGAUGGCGCCUGCAGCCCACCCUGGCUGCCCCCCUCAGAAGACAGGGGCUACAUGCCCGACUGCCUCAGCUAUGGGCAGAUCUUCGCCGAUGGGGCAGAUCUCUGUCGCUGGGCCCUGGGUGACACCCUGCCGGUGGCAGCUCCUGGCUCUCGCCAUUGCCUCAACCUCUCCACGCCGGUGUCCCUUCGCUGUGGCUCCAGCCGGCAUGCCCGGGAAACUCGGCCUUCUGCCCCGGACACCACAGGAAGUGGCAGCGGCAGUGGCAGUGGCAGCGGCCCCUAGCAGACACCUUGGGAAGUGACCGGAAUUGGGGCAUGCUCUCUUCUCCCUCUGAAUAAAGUCCCAGCCCGA